AUGGCUUCGGUACAACAUUCUACUGCUGAAGUGAGAAAGGUAAAGAGAGUACAAUUCGGUAUUCUGAGUCCUGAAGAUAUUAGAGAUAUGUCUGUGGCAUUGGUUGAACACCCAGAAACCUAUGAAAAUGGAAAACCAAAAAUUGGAGGUUUAGUUGAUCCACACAUGGGUACCAUCGAUAAAACACAAAAGUGUGCAACCUGCUCUGGAACGAUGGCUGAAUGUCCCGGACAUUUCGGUCAUAUCGAGCUUGCCAAACCAGUAUUUCACAUUGGAUUUAUCAAUACAGUACUAAAGAUCCUAAAAUGCGUUUGUUACCAUUGUUCCAAACUAUUAGUAGAUACUGAUGAUAUACACUUUAGACAGGCAUUGAAAAUUAAAAACCCAAAAAGAAGAUUGAAUGCAGUUGUCGAUAUUUGUAAGAAUAAAAAAGUAUGUGCAGUUGCCAAGGGCAACCAGGAGGAUCAGGUAGAUGAUCUCUCAAAGACAGACGAAGAGUUGGAUAGAAAGCCAAAGGCAGAUGGUUGCGGUAAUGUGCUGCCAAAGAUCACAAAGGAGGAAUUAAAGUUUGUAGUCGAAUUUAAAGAUGUACAGGACGACACUGUCGAGAAGAAGUCGGUGUUGUCAGCAGAAAGAGUUCACAGUAUAUUAAAGAGAAUCCGUGAUGACGAUGCUCGUGCUAUGGGUUUGAAUCCCGAGUGGGCACGUCCCGAUUGGAUGGUGAUCACCGUGUUGCCGGUCCCACCACCACCAGUGCGUCCAUCGAUUAUGAUGGAUACUGCCUCGAGAGGUGAGGACGAUUUGACUCACAAGUUGGCCGAUAUUGUCAAGGCGAAUCGUGAGCUCAGAAAGCAAGAGAAGAACGGUGCACCAGCACACAUCAUCACAGAGGCAACUCAAUUCCUGCAGUUCCACGUUGCCACCUACGUCGACAAUGAGAUUCCAGGUUUGCCUCAGGCUCAACAACGUUCCGGUAGACCACUCAAGUCGAUCCGUCAGCGUUUAAAGGGAAAGGAAGGUCGUAUCAGAGGAAAUCUGAUGGGUAAGCGUGUUGACUUCUCAGCAAGAACAGUCAUUACUGCCGAUCCCAAUCUUUCUAUUGAUCAAGUCGGUGUGCCACGUUCGAUCGCACUCAAUUUGACCUACCCAGAAACGGUGACACCAUUCAAUAUCGACCGUAUGAGAGAGUUAAUUCGUAACGGUCCAAACGAGCAUCCCGGUGCCAAAUAUAUUAUUCGUGAAGACGGAACUCGUUUCGAUCUUCGUUUUGUAAAGAAGAUUACCGAUACUCAUUUGGAGUGUGGUUACAAGGUAGAGCGUCAUAUUCAAGACGGUGAUGUCGUCAUUUUCAAUCGUCAGCCAUCACUUCACAAAAUGUCUAUGAUGGGUCACAGAAUCAAGGUCAUGCCUUAUUCUACUUUCCGUCUCAAUCUCUCUGUAACAUCGCCAUACAAUGCAGAUUUCGACGGUGACGAAAUGAAUCUUCACGUACCUCAAUCGCUUGAGACAAGAGCUGAAAUCAUAGAGAUUAUGAUGGUACCACGUCAGAUCGUUUCACCACAAUCGAAUCGUCCAGUCAUGGGUAUCGUACAGGACACAUUGCUCGGUAGCAUGAAGUUCACCAAGAGAGACACCUUCGUUGAGAGAGAUCUAAUGAUGAACAUUCUCAUGUGGUUGCCAUCGUGGGACGGUAAAAUCCCACCACCCGCCAUCUGGAAGCCAAAGAAGCUCUGGACCGGUAAGCAACUGUUCUCGUUGAUCAUUCCAAACAUCAAUCUUCAGCGUUUCGGUUCGACUCACAGCGACAAAGAAAAGGAGAAAUCAGAGAUGGCUGCAGACACUGUCGUCAUCAUUGACCAGGGAGAACUUCUCACCGGUAUCCUCUGUAAGAGAUCUCUUGGUGCGGCCAACGGAUCGAUUAUUCACGUAGUUAUGAAUGAGCACGGUCACGAUUCGUGUCGUCUCUUCAUCGAUCAGACACAGACAGUGGUCAACCAUUGGUUGAUUAACCACGGUUUCACCGUAGGUAUUGGUGAUACUAUUGCCGAUGCUGCUACCAUGAGCAAGGUAACAAGUGCCAUCGCCAACGCCAAAACACAGGUAAAGGAGCUCAUCAUCAAGGCACAGAGCAACCAGUUUGAAUGUCAGCCCGGUCGUUCUAUGCUAGAGUCUUUCGAGAAGGAAGUCAAUCGUGUGCUCAACACAGCAAGAGACGAUGCCGGUACCAGCGCACAACGUUCCCUCCAGGAAUCCAACAAUGUAAAGGCAAUGGUAAACGCAGGUUCCAAAGGUUCUUUCAUUAAUAUUUCACAGAUGAUGGCCUGUGUAGGUCAACAGAACGUAGAAGGUAAACGUGUCCCAUUCGGUUUCCAAAACAGAACACUUCCACAUUUCACCAAAGACGAUUACGGUCCCGAGAGUCGUGGUUUCGUAGAGAAUUCAUAUCUUCGUGGUUUGACACCACAAGAGUUCUUCUUCCACGCUAUGGGUGGUCGUGAAGGUCUUAUCGAUACUGCCGUAAAGACUUCGGAAACCGGUUAUAUCCAGCGUCGUCUCGUCAAGGCUAUGGAGGACGUCAGUGUCAAGUAUGAUGCCACCGUUAGAAAUUCACUCGGUGAUGUCAUCCAAUUUGCCUACGGUGAGGACGGUCUUGACAGUUGUUUCGUUGAGAAUCAAAUGUUUGAUUCACUCAAGCGUGACAAUCAAGAUUUCAUCAAACUCUACAAGCAUCAGAUCGACCGUUCCGACUAUGGUGACGGUUGGAUCAAUCCACUGAUCAUCGAGGAGAUUCGUAACGAUUCUACCAUUCGUGAGACACUGGACCGUGAGUUCAAGCGUAUCGAAUUCGACAGAAAUCUGCUACGUACUGAAAUUAUUCCAACCGGUGAAGCUUCAUGGCCACUCCCGGUCAACUUGCGUCGUAUGAUCAUCAAUGCUCACAAGCAAUUCGGUAUCGAUCAUCGUACUAUAAGUGAUCUCAAUCCGGCACACGUUGUCAACAGCAUCGAAGGUUUGAUUUCACGUCUAAAGAUUAUUGCACAGAUUGAUGCCAGUGAAGAGGAUACCAUAUACAGUCAAGCGUGGAGCGAGACUCAUCAGAAUGCUACUCUACUCUUUAGUAUCCUGUUGAGAUCGACACUCUCAUCGAAGCGUGUACUCGAAGAGUUUAGACUCAACGAGAAGGCUUUCAACUGGAUGGUCGGUGAAGUCGAGAGCAAGUUCCUCCUCUCUAUCGUAAAUCCAGGUGAGAUGGUAGGUGCACUUGCUGCGCAAUCCAUUGGUGAGCCCGCCACACAGAUGACUUUGAACACUUUCCAUUAUGCUGGUGUGUCUUCAAAGAACGUAACUCUUGGUGUACCACGUCUCAAGGAAAUUAUCAAUAUCGCUAAAACUGUAAAAACUCCAUCACUCACUAUCUACUUGCAACCGGAUGCCGCCAAAGACUCUGAAAAGGCCAAGUCAGUUCAAUGCCAGCUCGAAUACACUACGAUGGCAACGGUUACUGCCGCCACAGAGAUCUACUAUGACCCAGAUCCACAACAGACAUUGGUCAAAGAGGACGAGGAGUUUGUCAGUCGUUACUUACUCUUGCCAGACGACGAUACCAAAGCCGAUGAUGUCUUGUCACCAUGGGUGUUACGUAUCGAGUUGGACCGUGAGAUGGUUACUGACAAGAAACUCUCGCUGUCCGACAUCACCCAGUGUAUCAAGCGUGAUUUCGGUAGACUCAACUGUAUUUUCAGUGAUGAUAACGCAGACAAACUGAUCAUUCGUAUUCGUACCAUCGAGGACAAUGACUCCAAGACCGACGGUAACGAUGAUGACGAUACUUUCCUUCGUCGUAUCGAAGCCAAGAUGCUCAGUGAGAUGGUGCUCUGUGGUAUUCGUGGAAUUAAGAAGGUAUUCAUGCGUCACGAUGACCAAGUCAGAGUCAACGAGAACGGUGCAUACUUUAGCAAGAAGGAAUGGGUACUCGAUACCGACGGUGUCAAUCUCCUCGAGGUAAUGAGUCAUCCAGACGUCGAUCACAGCAGAACCGUGUCCAACGAUAUCAUUGAAAUCAUUCAGGUACUCGGUAUUGAGGCGGUGCGUAAUGCAUUGUUGAAGGAGUUGAGAGCAGUCAUUUCUUUCGACGGUUCCUACGUAAACUAUCGUCAUUUGGCAAUUCUCGCUGACGUUAUGACCUAUCGUGGUCAUUUGAUGGCCAUCUCCAGACACGGUAUCAAUCGUGUAGAGUCUGGACCAUUGAUGCGUUGUUCUUUCGAAGAGACCGUAGAAAUUCUCAUGGAUGCCGCCAUGUUCUCAGAGACUGACGACGUAAAGGGUGUCACUGAAAACAUCAUUCUCGGUCAGCUUCCACCACUUGGAACCGGUAGUUUCGAAGUCUAUUUGAAUCAAGACAUGAUCAAGAAUGCUCACUCGAUUGCCAUGCCAGAGCCAUCGACCAUGAUGUCACACUAUAACGAGCCAGGCAGUCAAACUCCUUCACACGAUGGUGGAAGUACUCCAUAUCAUCAUCCAUUCAGCCCAUUGGAUGCACCAUUCUCACCAUUUAACGAACAAUAUCGUGGAGAUUUCUCACCUUCCUAUUCUCCUGCUAGAGGUUCAUCUUCAGGUGGAUUCUCUUAUUUCCCAGCUUCACCAAACUACAACGCAAACAGUCCAUCGUAUUCACCAACAUCACCGAGCUAUUCACCAACUUCGCCAUCAUACUCUCCAACCUCACCAUCAUACUCGCCAACAUCUCCAAGUUAUUCACCGACUUCCCCAUCAUACUCACCAACCUCACCGAGCUACUCGCCAACCUCGCCAUAUUAUUCGCCAACUUCGCCAAGUUACUCACCGACCUCACCAAGUUAUUCACCAACCUCACCGUCAUACUCGCCAACUUCGCCAAGCUACUCACCAACAUCACCAAGCUAUUCACCAACCUCGCCAAGCUAUUCACCGACCUCACCAAGUUACUCACCAACAUCGCCAAGUUAUUCGCCAACCUCACCAUCAUACUCUCCAACCUCACCAAGUUAUUCACCAACAUCACCAAGCUAUUCACCAACCUCCCCAUCAUACUCCCCAACAUCUCCAUCGUACAGUCCUACCUCUCCAUCAUAUUCACCAACAUCCCCAUCCUAUGCUCCAUACAAGAAGAAAGAAUUAUUAUCAUCUGUAUAUGAAUGCUUAGAACAUCUAAAUUUUAGUAAUAUAACAAAAUUAAUAAAACAAAAACAAGUAACAGAUUCAGUUAUACCAUGGAAUAAAUUCCUAUUACAGAUUCAAAAUCUCUCGAAUUGUGAGAGCAUGUAUUAUAAGCAUUCAUAUCUUUCGAAAACCAAUAAUAUACAGGAUCAAUAUAUACAGAUAUCAAAUGAUUUAAAGAGUCUAUUGAAACCAAUUGUUUCAACAGGUACACAGCAACAACAGCAGCUACAGAAACAGAAACAAGAUGAUGACCCUGAAUAUUCUUUCUUCACUUCAUUACUCCUACAAACAUGUAUUAUAGUACAAGUUAGAAUAGAUAUGAUUGGUGUAUAUACAUCUUUAGUACUAUCAAUAAGUCAAACGGAUUCAAACUUGGAUAUGUUGGUAAAUUCAUUAGAUAUGAUACCUACAAUUUAUCGUGAUAAAAUAACACAUCCUUUAUUACUAGGAAUGAAAGCAAAUACAAAUUAUGAAAUAUCAAUCUUAAAGAAUUUAUUAAAAGUUAGUUUAUUGUUAUCAAAGCAUGUAUUCAAAGAUUCGAUAUUGCUAUUGUUUCAAUCGAGAGUAGAUCUCGAUAGUUGGAGAGACUUUGAUCAUAAUCAAAGUAGAACGUUCGAACAGAAAUCAGGUUCAUCCGGUUGGCAAUCGAAUUCUAUUCAUCAGUGGCUCUCAUUGUUUUACAAUGCACUCUUAUCACGUUCUACUCUGUACUUUCACUUCCCGCUAAAGACAGUCGAGGAGGAAACAGGUGGAUCGAUGCUAACAUUCCGUGAGGCAACAAUGAAGAACAAUCCUGACUAUGGCACACUGAUAGAGUCGUUCUGUCAGAAAUCAAACGCCUACUUCUUUGGUAUCUUCUACGAGUGCAAAGGAAAUCCAUACUCAAAGAUUGGCUAUUGUUUCAACAACGAAGAGAAUAUACCGACUGGUUUAAGUUCAUUUCCACCUAUAUUUUAUAUUCCAAGUGAUAAAGCACCAACACAACAUUUACCAAAUAUCAUCAGUAUUUUAUUGGAGAAUUCAUCUGCCAUUGAGAAAUCAGGUGAAAUAUUCUAUUAUUUAGAUAAACAGAAAUCAGAUAUGCUACAGACAACUUCAUAUCAACAUCCACAGAGACAUCAACUUGAAUCAUUAAAUGACUACACUUAUUUCAUGGUUAGAAUAGAUACUCAACUAUUUAUCACUGUCAUAUAUAAAGAAAUUAAAAAGCAAAAGGAUAUAUUGAUAACGGAAUUCCUAAAAUCAAUCGUAUCUAAUCUACGGAAUUCAACUCACACUUAA